AUUUAUUUGUACUGGGGGAGUGUUCACAUCAAAGGUUGGAUCAACUCUGUUAGCCAACUUUUGGAUCUGUUUUGUUUCUUUUCAGGUUCACUAGAAACAAAGUUCUUGGCUCCCCUGAACUUUUCUCUGUUCUAAAGCCAACACUUCAAAGAAAUGGAACCUUCCAUGAAAUAUAGAAUUUUGUGUCUAAGAAAUCUACAGGAUUUUUCUUAUUAUACUAGAUAAUCCUUAUAAAAGAUGUAACUGAAAGGGUAGGAAUCCUGUCCAGAAGUCUGCAUGUGCAUGGAAAGAAAUUGAGAAAUAUGCCAUCUGGUCAGAUCAGACCCCACACAGCAGAGUUCAUAGAACUUCAUGUUUUUUAUGUUCCGGAGGAAGUGUGGGAUUUCAAGUUGAAUACAGUUCCUGUAGAUGUUAUCAACAAAUUCUUUUCAGCUGGUUUUAUAAGGGUGUCACCUCAUAUGACAUUGAGAACAUUGAGAGAACAGAUUGGAGAGUACCUAGGUGAAGAUGCAGUUGCGGAUAAAUUUAUCUUUCUAAAAUGUAUAGGAAAGAAACUAGCAGUGGUGAGAGCAAAGCAAGAGACAGAAUUGAAGCUCAAAUCAUUUGCCCCUCCAUAUGCCUUUCAUCCGGAACUGUAUUUGUUACCAGGGGUAGAAAGUAUUUAUUUGUCUUCAUCAUCAACCCCAGAAAAACAUCACAAUAAUGCGGACUAUGUCCUCUCAUAUACAUCGUAUCAUGGACCAGAUACCUUAGCUGCUCCAACUCCUGAAGGUGGACAGACUCCUCCACCAGUUUGGAAUAGUUCUUUAAAAAAUCAUCUUAACCAGGAUCAGACAUAUGAUAAUAUUUUAGACUGGAAUGAGACUGAAAAAACAGAUGUUCCAGGUAUCCAUAUACAACAGAACUCUGAGCAAAGGAAGGAUGAAAGGGUUAAAGAAAAAUAUAUUUCACACAGAAGAAAUGGAGAAAUCAAUUGUAAGAAAAGCCAAAGGGAAUCCAGUACAUCUCCCUGUGUACUGAAUAAUUUAAUUCCUGAUAGACAAAGUUCUAUUAAAAAAUCAAGAUCAGUGAAAAUACAACAGAGAAUAUCUCUCAGCCAAGCUCAAGAGACACAUAAUCUUACCAGCAAGAGAGAGAAAUCCACAGAACACGUUUCUUCUUCAAACAUAAAUCAAAACCACAAUCAAGAAGAAAACAACCUAACUGAAGAGAAAAACAUCUCACAAAAGAUAAAAGAAGAAACUUCAAUCAUGCUGGAUGCCAAAAAUGGAGGCAGUUCAAUAGGAACAGAAAGACAUACCACAGGGGACUCAGGAAUACCAGAAUCCUUGGAAGAGAGAGACCUGGAAUAUUUACAAAGUGAGAAGAGUCACCAGCACUCUGGAAUUAACAAGUCUGUUGCUGACACUUGUAGCGUGCAGGAUAAUCAGACUGAUGAAAAUAACCCAAGAGACUUUGCACAUCCAAACCAAUAUCUUUCACCUCCUAGUCCACCUCUUCUGGCUCUAACUGUAAGCAGAACUCAUGUUCCAAACAGAGCAUUUCCAAAAGAAGGAAGUGAACUGAACAGACACUUACAUCUUACCAAGGCAGAAAGAAAGGACUUGGAAAAGACUAGAAUGGAACUGAUUAAAAAAGUGAAAGGCUUACUUGAGCUGAACAAGUUCAGGAGAUGUCAAGCCCGUGAUUACUGGAAGAAAAAAUAUUUUGAAGUGAAGAAAGUCACUGUUUCCUUGGAAGACGUUUUAAACAAACUACGGGAAGAUUUUGAACUUCACUACCAGAAAUUAUUGACACAACUAGAAGCUAGGGAUAUUAGAAAGAAACGUAAUAAUUUAACCUACCUCAUAAAUUCGAAGAAUAAUACAAUAAUCCAGAUCACAACCUUGCAGCAUGAUAUUGACCAGCUGAGGAGAAAGCUAGAUAAUGCAAAAAUGAAGCUUGUCAUAGAAAUCAAGAUGAGAAAGCAGGCAACUUCUGAUUUACGGGCUCUGAAGGCAGAACUGGCACAUAAGAAGGUUCAGGCUUUGAAACUCCAGUCUGACAAACAUGUAUCUCAACUGAACCCAAUUUGAGAUUCCGUUUACUUUAAAGGCUGUUUUCCAGUUGUAAUUUGUUAAAAUAUCACAGAGAUGUUAUAUGUGUUGAAAUGUGGAUGUUUCAAAACAGUAAUUCAAUCCUGAUGUACUCUGUAGUAAUGCUGUGCUGAUCACAGUAUUCACACAAUCCAUCAUAUGCAGCAGUAAAAAUUAACUCCAUUUGUUUGUGCAGAAGCAACACUGGAGAGUGGAAAAGUUUCACUUUAAGAACUCUGAAGAAUGUACAGAUCUUUCUGCCUCUUUUUGGGUGAUGGAGGAGGCAGUGGAGUCACUGGAUCUUUCCCCAAUCUCCAGCUGGCUUUACUUUUGGUAAGAGCACACUUGAAAGUGAGGCAGUAUAAAUGGGGAGCAAAUGUUCCCCUUGUACUUAUUUCUAAUCUAUAAAACUCAAAAGCCAUACUUAUAUCUUUUAAUCUUACGAAUAGUUGUGAACCUCAUUUAAAUCAGUUUUGCUUUGGCAUAUAGUUAGAAAUUCAGACUAUGCUUUUUAAAAAAGACAUUAAUGCACAAGUAUGCCAAAGGUACUAGUAUCCCUCUUAUUAUUGUGCAUAAAUAGAAAAUAAUAUUAAUAAUUCUGUUUUGUUUCCUGGUGUAAAUGGACCGGCUCAAGUGAUGUGAGCUAGAAUAAGAUAAAUUAAGAACAUUGAAUUCCUACUCUCUUUUCUGUUUUUGUGGUAUGAACUGCCCAUUUAAAAAUUUAAAAUUAUUCAAUACUCUCAAGAAGAAAUUUACAUUUGCCUUAUAAACUCAAUUUUUAGUAUUGCAUCUUUAAGAGAAAUUAGACAAAUUAAUAAAUGUUAUAUCUAUAAAUGAUUACCAAUAGUAGAUGUAUAUUAUGUCCUGUAUCAGAUAUGUGUCCUUGUGAAUAGUUGCUACAGAAUAUAAAACUGAGUAUGUUGUUGUACUUAGGUCCUGUUUGUGAGCUUCUCAAAGACAGCCAAAUACAACUGUGAAAACAAUACUGCUGGGUUAGAAAUAUUACGUUCUUUUUUAAAGUCCUUAAAUCAUCUUACCAAGAAAGGAUAGUACCAAUCCUACAUCAUGAUUUUGAAUGCCUGAUUUGGGUUUUUACAUAUAUAGAAUUAUAGAAUCACAGAGUUGGGAGCGACCUCAUGGGCCAUCCAGUCCAACCCCCUGCCAAGAUAGCAAUCAAAGAUUCAGAGUUCACCUGCAUUUUUAGUAGAAGAUUUGUGCCUUCAAAUUAAACUCCUAAUGUGUAUCAAUUACUGCAUCUUUAAUUAUUUGUAUGGGAGAGAUAACCUUUCUCUUGUAGGCUGGCAUAGGUUAUAAACAUAAACCUUGGAGGCAUUAUUUUUAGAAUCCCUAUUUCCUGGGUCAAAUACAUUGGCUGUUUUCAAUAAUAAAAUAAUCUUGCUUUUCAACA